AUGGGACAACUACUAUUUCUUCGACAGAGUUUUGCCAUUUGGACACCUUUCCUUUUUAAUCGCAUUGCUGAGGCUAUCAACUGGAUUGUGUGUAACCGGACAAAUAACAUUCUGCACUACUUAGAUGACUACCUCAUCACAGGACCAGCUAAUUCUAAGGUAUGUGCAAGCAGUCUUGACACCAUGCUAACAACAUGUCAGGCGUUAGGGGUUCCCAUUGCGCAAAACAAACUGGAAGGCCCCACACUGACCUUCCUUGGCAUUGAGAUGGACACCGUGAACAGAGUACUGCGACUACCGCAAGACAAACUCAAUGACAUUACUUCAUCAAGUGAAAAAUGGUCCACAACAACAACUUGUAUGAAACAAGAACUAUUAUCAUUAAUUGGCACCCUCAGCUUUGCAUGUAAAUGCAUCCCAGCUGGGCGGAUAUUCCUACAACGAAUGAUCGACUUGUCAACCACCGCCUCUGCAUUGCACCAACGAAUUACGCUUUCAACAUCCUUUCAACUUGACCUAGAAUGGUGGAAAGACUUCCUACCCACUUGGAAUGGCACAGCCAGUUUUCUUGACUCAACUUGGACACCUGUGCCAGAAAUGGAACUAUACACCGAUGCAUCAUCGACUAUUCGAUGUGGCGGGUAUUUCAACGGCGAGUGGUUUUCCUUACAAUGGUCGGCAAUCCUGUCCAACAAUGACCACCAGCAUUCCAUCGUAUGGAAAGAACUAUUACCAAUCCUCCUAUCAUGCUUAAUUUGGGGGCACUUGUGGCACGGAAGGAGAGUGAUGUUUCACUGUGAUAAUGAGAGUAUUGUUCACACAUGGCGCAAAGGUUCCACACGCUGUCCCUACAUCAUGCAACUCAUUCGUGCAAUUUUUCUUACCGCUGCCUCAUCAAAUUUCCAUGUCAUGAUCACCCACAUACGGGGAACCGAUAAUAACAUUGCAGAUGCUCUUUCUCGCUUACAGAUGAACCAAUUCCACUCUCUUGCACCACAUGCAACAACCAAGCAAAUCAUCGACUACCUGCGUGGCCGUCACCUGCUGACCUGA